GUCUCCGAAAACGAGGCUCUGUAGCCAAAGUGACGUAGUUUCCGGAAGGGUGUCGGUGGCGUUAAUCCCUGCAUGUAAAGGCCGUUUUCCACUAGGCGAAUUUUUUCGCGCGACGCGAAGCGAAAACCGAAAUCCGGCAACGUGAUUGGUCGGCGAAAAAAUUCGCGGCGAAAAAGUAGGAUCGCUUCCUACUUUUUAUCUGUUCGCGCGAAUAAAUUCGCCUAGUGGAAAACGGCCUUACGCAUUAAAAAUUCUGAGAAAAGCCAGAGAGUACGUCACAUGACCACUGACCACAAGCUGUGGGAGGCUGGGAGCGUCUUGGCCACAGUUAUUUGGCUUGUAUUAAAAACACAAGAUGGACCGAAAGUUAUGUCUUAGUUUUUUGGCUCUAGUUCUCUUCAUUAGAGAGGCUCAUCUCACUUAUUAUCCCACCGUCUUUUGGACUCCGACAAACUGCAGGUAAAUAAGCGUAAAAUCAAGACAAGAGCUUAUUGUCAUGUCCAAAUAUAGGAUUCCAUUCACAGUUGAUCGAUAAGCGAGAAUGUAUUUAGUAGUGCCAUAAUGGCUUACUUUUACUUUGAAAGAAUUUAUAUGUAGAAAUUGUAGUUAUGUUAGUAUUCAACAAAUUACAUACUAGUAAAAGAGUCGUUCAUACGGUGAACGUAUUAACGUUUCCUGUUUCUAUGUCGACAACUUGUUUGAAAAGUAGUUUCUUUAUAGCAGUAAUAGCACACGUUUUAAUUUACAAGCCAAAGUAAAGUUGUUAAUAUAUUCUACGAACCGUCAAGCUAGGAAGGCUUCCGCUUGCCCUAUGGGCUUGCCACAUAUGAACUUACAUUACUGUACAACCAAACUAUAAAAUACUUUUUACUUCCGUAUAUCGAAUUACUUUAUAGAACUGUUUACCUAUUCAAAAAAAAGCAACUAAAAGCUCUAAAUAUUGUCAGUCUGUAACUUCAAUCUAUUAACCAAAAUUCAGAAAAAAUAAUUAAAUACUAUUGGCACUAAGAAAGGAUAUAGUUCAUAAACAGACAGAUCUGUCUUUGUUUACUAUGAAACCCUUCAUGCAUUAUAGACAGUUACGGAAAAGCUAACCAGGCCAAUAUACACAGAUCGAGUUGUUUUUAAGCCCGGUUCAAACUUGUUGUUCAUGUUAGUCUAACACCACAUGACUGUUGCUCGGUCUUAGAUGGAUCACAGAUUAUGAAUCUGAAUUGACAAAUGUUGGCAGAGAAAAGAUCAUGUAUUGUACGUGUUUACGCUAGAAAACUGAUCAUGCGUUGGACAGAUGAUGUGUCGUGGCAGAAGAUCUGAUCAAGAUGAUCCAUCUCAUGUUCUAGUAUAAAUUGUGCUAUACUUGGGUGUAACAUAUGUUGCAUUUGUUUUGAACAGUAUGUUCGAUAAUGUAGGCGGAUAUUCGCAAGUUUGGUUGAAGGCUAAAAACUAACUUUGGCAUUUAAAACAAAGGCUUUUUAGCUUGAACUUAGUAGCAGCACUUGAGUCAAGUUUAAAUUUAUUCACAAUUUUCAUUCAACAUGUUUCCUGUUGUUGACGAAUAAAUUAUAUUGGAUGGCGUUGGAUUGUUUUAAGUCACAGAUAUAUAGGCCUUCGUAAAAGUAGCCAAACUUUCGCCACUAACCCGACGAAGCUAGUGCCUUUGCUCGCAGCGUUGAAGUUCUCCUUGUAUUUUUCAGGUAGUUGCAUCCCUAUUAAUACGUAGCUUUCUUGUACAUUAUUGACACUACCUGCACUGGCAUAAAACUGUUCAACUUCCUAAAAUAGAUAUUAUGUCACAUGGUCAUGAAAGUUUCAUAUUAAUGCAUGAAAAAUAAAGUAUGAAAUAUUAAAGAUGGGAAGUGAUUCAGCUCUCAUACAUUAUGCAUGUUAACUUUAUAGAAGACAAAACACCCACAGUCCCACGCAUUUAAAAGUUUGUCAUAGCUAUUUAUAGAAACCAUGAAUGUUAAUAAAAUGGCAAAUAAAUGCAUGCCCAUAUAUGUUUGGUAAAAUUGGAGAUCAACAUCCAAAUCCUUGCUAAACUUCUUAAAUAUAGUUGGGUGUUGAAGCUAGGAUUUGUGGUUGUGGGUUCAAUUCUUGCAUUUUUGUAGAACAAUAUGUCCAAAGGAAGGCAUAAAUAUAUUUGUUUGGACUUGUAAUGUGCUACCCAAUUCGAAAUAUUGUCUACAUUGUAUAAGACUUUCAUUUAUCUCUUUUCAACAGAUUUAAUCUAAACAAACUAAAUGGAGAAGGAUAUUUUAUCAAAGUCAAAUAUUUCAGUAACAUGUACUUCAUGUGUCCACAUAUCUCAAUUUGGGCGGGCAAAAGUGACAUGAGUCCCCAUAGCAGGAUGAUGCAUGAGAACAUCAUACUGGUGGACGAGGAAAGUUAUAAGUCAUGCUCCAUAAAGAACGUAACACAUGCAAAAACACUUUUAAAAUGUGAUGCUGAUCCAGUGGACGAUAGUGCAAAAUAUUCCAAGGAGCAUUUUGCAAGCGUCCAGGCUUCUCCAGACAAGCAAUGUUAUAACAUGGGACAGCAUUACUAUUUUAUAUGUAAGUAGAUAUGCAGCAAGUAAGUGUUUUUUGCAAAAGGCAAUGCACAUACUCAACAUACUGUAUAUACUGUACACUUGUAAACUGUACGUCAAGUUAUUACAGGUUUGCAAACAAGUUGUUACGAAUCUGUUCACAAGUUGUGUUUGCACUGCUUGUUCUCUGUUGCUGUAACAUUAGUUUGGAACACACUGUUAUUUAACAACUUAUAACAAGCUUGACCAUAUUUUAAUAUCAGACUUGUUCUAACAAGUCCGAUACAGUCAUGAUAUCGUAAGUACUAUUUACAACAUUCGCGGCCGUGUUGUAUCGGAUAUACAAACUCGAGCCGAAGGCGAGAGUUUGUAUAUCCGAUACAACACGAACUUACGUCAACAACUUAAAAAAUGACUCAUCUUAUGAGUUCAUUGGCGAAGUAAUUUUAAAAAUAAACGUUGUCUAAGCCGAGAAAAUCAAAGUUAAAGUUUAUGUAAAUCAACAUGAAUCUGUAUCACAUAUACAGAUACGACACACUUAUGAUUUUUCUUUGUAACUUUCUAAAUGAAUUAUUAAUGAGUUUUUUAAGAAUAUUACAAGGUUGGCGACACAAGGUUGUAACAAUACCGUUAUAUCAUGACUAUCAGACUUGUUGGAACACCCUAUGUAUCCUCCCGUACACCUAACUCCUCUAAAAGAGGAUUGCGAAGCAGCUGUUUAGCGAUAAAACAAUAAAUUACACAGCUAAAAACGCGAUCAGGUUGUUCACUAAUGGUUGUUGCAAUAUUGAUGAAAACAGGAUUGAACAAUGUUGUUCACAGUUUGUUACACCUGAUUCAUGGGCAGCGAAACAUUGCUUGUUCAAUCCUGUUAAACAGCAGGCUCAUAAUUUACGUGUGUGAUAUAUAAACAUAAGUAAAUAGAUAAAAAUAAAUAAUAAAAUAAAUAUAUAUGUAUAUUGACUCCCCACCAACACAAUUGCCCAAGUCGCCCCCUGCCAUGUUAGACACCCUUGCAAUAAGUCGGAUAAUAUCAACAAGAUUGUUACAACAGUUAACUAGUUGUUCCAUGCAUGCUUGUCAAAAAUUGGGAAAAGCAGUGCGAACACAGCUUGUUGACGGCUUGUUGGUAGACUUGUCACAAUUAAGAUGUGAGAUUUUUGCAUUUUUAUAACUCUCCUUUUUUCACAUAGCCACGUCAGAUGGAUCGGCUGAAAGUUUAAAUCAUACAGAAGGUGGCCAUUGCCAAACGCAUCAUAUGAAACUACAUAUUUAUGUUUGCAAUGAGAAUGGUAUGACAUAAAUGUGUUGUAUAUUUGCAGUGUAGUUAUAUAUACUUAUUGAAAUCAAGCUUGUGGUAUUAUAUAACCAUUUCUUCUAACUUUUGUUUGCUCUAGACACAUGUAAAUUCGAGAUGCCAGAAUGUCCAAAGGAGACAGAGCAAGGGAACAAUCAAACCAUGUCUACUUCUAGGCCUAAUAAUUGCAC